GAGAAAGCAAAGCCAAACCAAGACACAGUCACAAAUGUAACCACAGUUGAAACGUAAACACAUUAUUAUUUCUUUCUUGUUUUGCCUAUUACCUUUGGUUUCUCUCUGCUAUAGUAUGUUUUUUUUUGUCAGAUUUCGAUUAUUCUCUAAGUCCAAGAAUUCAGUUCAAUAACCCUUCAUCAUUCAAAGCUACUUAACUCAUUUCACAGUUCACACACCAUCCUAACCCAACCAAACGAACCUUUUUUCUUUCCCAUAAUUUAAUAUUUGAAAUAUACUAAGCAGCACAGCACAGUAACUGUUUCUUGCUCACUGGGUUUCCGCAAUCUACAUGCAUUCAAAUUGCUACUAGCCUCUGCCAAUGACCUCGUGCAUUUAACACCCUAAACUUAAAAAGCUGGUUAAUUUAAGGGUAGUAAUAGUACUAAUAGUAGUGUAGUAUAUUUAAGCCUCUGCCAAAUGAGUUAAAAGAAGCUGCUUGCAAUUAUGAAACUUUACCUGAGUGAGUGGUAAAGCCGCAAGAACUGCCCCAUAAGGUGGCUCUAUUCUGCUGUUUUUAUCUUUUUUCCCUCGUUUCAGAAGAAAAACGAGAUAAGCACGCUGCUUUAAUUUGGAAGGAGUUACAAGGAACCUUCCCUUAUUUGCUGCCCCUUUAAGCUCUUCUUUCUCAAUUAUAAAUCCGCAAGAGAAACCAAACCCUUUCAUCACAUUGCUCAACUUUUACUACAUAUUAACUUGAUUAGAAAAAAGAUGUUACCUCAGAAGCAAGCUGAAGAAGCCAUGAUGUCAAGCCUCACUCAAACGAUGGAGCGGGAGGAGGGAGAGGAAGUGAUAGGGGAGACCUCAAAUUUUAGCUUUAAAAAUGCUCUCUGGCAUGGUGGUUCUGCCUACGAUGCUUGGUUCAGCUGUGCCUCAAAUCAGGUUGCUCAGGUUCUAUUGACUCUGCCUUACUCAUUCUCUCAGCUGGGAAUGGUUUCAGGCAUCAUAUUCCAAGUGUUCUAUGGCUUGCUUGGGAGUUAUACUGCUUAUUUAAUUAGCAUUCUGUACAUUGAGUACAGAAGCCGGAAAGAGAAAGAGAAUGUCAGCUUCAAAAACCAUGUCAUCCAGUGGUUUGAAGUGUUGGAAGGCUUACUGGGUCCAUACUGGAAAGCUAUUGGGUUGGCCUUCAACUGCACUUUUCUCCUCUUUGGAUCUGUCAUCCAGCUCAUAGCUUGUGCAAGUAAUAUAUACUACAUAAAUGACCACUUGGACAAGAGGACUUGGACCUACAUAUUUGGAGCUUGCUGUGCCACCACAGUGUUCAUCCCAUCAUUCCACAACUACAGGAUAUGGUCCUUCCUUGGUCUUGGCAUGACCACCUACACUGCUUGGUAUUUGACCAUUGCAGCCAUUGCUCAUGGCCAGGUUGAAAAUGUGAAGCAUUCGGCCCCAAACAAGAUGGUUUUGUAUUUCACAGGCGCCACCAACAUACUCUACACUUUCGGCGGGCACGCCGUCACAGUGGAAAUCAUGCAUGCAAUGUGGAAGCCUCAGAAGUUCAAAUACAUAUAUCUUUAUGCAACAGUUUAUGUGUUCACCCUCACUCUACCAUCUGCUAUUGCCGUUUACUGGGCCUUUGGUGACCAACUUUUGGAUCAUUCCAAUGCCUUCUCGCUCCUCCCUCGCUCUGGCUGGCGUGACAUCGGUGUCAUCCUAAUGCUCAUUCACCAGUUCAUCACAUUCGGGUUUGCUUGUACGCCAUUGUAUUUCGUGUGGGAGAAAGUGAUAGGAAUGCAUGACACAAAGAGCAUAUUUUUUAGGGCACUAGCGAGGUUACCUGUGGUGAUACCAAUAUGGUUUUUGGCCAUUAUUUUCCCUUUCUUUGGGCCCAUUAAUUCAGCUGUGGGGGCCCUUUUGGUCAGCUUCACCGUUUACAUCAUCCCUGCUUCUGCUCAUAUGCUCACAUACAGAUCUGCCUCAGCAAGACAGAAUGCCGCGGAGAAAUUGCCCUUCUUUAUCCCUAACUGGACGGUGAUGUACGUGGUGAAUGCAUUUGUGGUGGUGUGGGUUCUGGUAGUGGGCUUUGGGUUUGGAGGGUGGGCCAGCAUGACAAAUUUCAUCAAGCAGGUUGACACAUUCGGGCUAUUUGCCAAGUGCUACCAAUGCCCACCCAAAGGCCCCCCCUCCUCCAACCACACCUUGCAUAACUGAAAACUAUGUUCCUUUAUAUGUAUGUAGGGUGGCAUCAGCAUCUACCCUGUGGAGUUUGCUGUAAUAUACUAAUAUCUUUUAUAGUUUUAUCUCCAUAUAGACACAUUAUUGUGAUUGCUGAUGUUCCCUAGUGUAGUAAGGCAAUAUAAUAUUAUUGCUUUUUGGAAUAUAAUAUUCAUACAACAAUCUCUUAUAAUAGUUCGUACAUUA